AUGGAAAAUUACAAUCAAACAUCAACUGAUUUCAUCUUAUUGGGGCUGUUCCCACAAUCAAGAAUUGGCCUUUUUUUCUUCAUUCUCAUUGUUCUCAUUUUCCUAAUGGCUCUAAUUGGAAACCUAUCCAUGAUUCUUCUCAUCUCCUUGGACACCCAUCUCCACACACCCAUGUAUUUCCUACUUAGUCAGCUCUCCCUCAUUGACCUAAAUUACAUCUCCACCAUUGUUCCAAAGAUGGUUUACGAUUUUCUGCAUGGAAACAAGACUAUCUCCUUCAAUGGAUGUGGGAUUCAGAGUUUCUUCUUCUUGGCAUUAGGAGGUGCAGAAGCACUACUUUUGGCAUCUAUGGCCUAUGAUCGUUACAUUGCUAUUUGCUUUCCUCUCCACUAUCUCAUCCGCAUGAGCAAAAGAGUGUGUGUGCUGAUGAUAACAGGGUCUUGGAUCAUAGGCUCUAUCAAUGCUUGUGCUCACACUGUAUAUAUACUCCAUAUCCCUUAUUGCCGAUCCAGGGCCAUCAAUCAUUUCUUCUGUGAUGUCCCAGCCAUGGUGACUCUGGCCUGCAUGGACACGUGGGUCUAUGAGGGCACAGUGUUUUUGAGCACCACCAUCUUUCUCUUGUUUCCCUUCAUUGGUAUUUCAUGUUCCUAUGGACGGGUUCUCCUUGCUGUCUACCACAUGAAAUCUGCAGAAGGGAGGAAGAAAGCCUAUUUGACCUGCAGCACCCACCCCACUGUAGUAACAUUCUACUUCGCACCUUUUCUCUACACUUACCUACGUCCAAGAUCCCUGCGAUCUCCAACAGAGGACAAGGUUCUGGCUGUUUUCUACACCAUCCUCACCCCAAUUCUCAACCCCAUCAUCUACAGCCUGAGAAACAAGGAGGUGAUGGGGGCCCUGACACGAGUGAGUCAGAGAAUCUGCUCUGUGAAAAUGUAG